GUUGAGUUCUAUAAAACAAGUAAAGGCAUAAACUUGACAGUAAUGCAAUUUCGUAUCAGAUAUUAAGUGGGACUUAAAGAAAAGGGACAUAAGAAGAAACAUUCAUUUAUUAUUACUAAAUGCGUCUUUUUGAUAGUUGUUUUGGAAAAAACGAAGAAAAAGACUUUUAUGCAUCAGGAAUGGCUGCUAUACGCAAGAAAUUGGUUAUAGUUGGUGAUGGUGCUUGUGGUAAAACUUGUUUACUUAUUGUGUUCAGCAAAGACCAAUUCCCAGAAGUAUAUGUACCAACUGUAUUUGAGAAUUAUGUAGCAGAUAUUGAAGUUGAUGGAAAACAGGUUGAACUUGCAUUGUGGGAUACAGCUGGACAGGAAGAUUAUGACAGACUCCGCCCACUCUCCUACCCAGAUACAGAUGUCAUUCUUAUGUGCUUCUCUAUAGAUAGUCCUGACAGCUUAGAAAAUAUACCAGAAAAAUGGACUCCUGAAGUUAAACACUUCUGCCCAACUGUACCUAUAAUUCUAGUAGGAAACAAAAAGGACACUAGAAAUGAUGAAAAUACCAAAAGAGAAUUGAAGAAAAUGAAACAAGAACCAGUCAAAACUGCAGAGGGUCAAGCUAUGGCAGAAAACAUACAUGCAUUUGCAUAUUUAGAAUGUUCUGCCAAAACAAAGGAGGGAGUAAGAGAGGUGUUUGAAACUGCCACCCGAGCAGCCCUGCAAGUAGAACUAGCUCUCUGGGACACAGCUGGACAAGAAGAUUAUGACAGACUCCGCCCACUCUCCUACCCAGAUACAGAUGUCAUUCUUAUGUGCUUCUCUAUAGAUAGUCCUGACAGCUUAGAAAAUAUACCAGAAAAAUGGACUCCUGAAGUUAAACACUUCUGCCCAAAUGUACCAAUCAUACUUGUAGGUAAUAAGAAAGAUCUGAGAAAUGAUGAAAAUAUAAAACGAGAUCUUAUGAAAAUGAAACAGGAGCCUGUUCGACCAGAAGACGGAAGAGCAAUGGCAGAAAAAAUAAAUGCAUAUGGUUACCUUGAAUGUUCAGCCAAAACAAAGGAGGGAGUGAGAGAAGUAUUUGAAACAGCCACCCGUGCAGCUCUACAAACGAAGAAGAAAAAGAAGGGUGGAUGUAUCAUGUUGUAAUAUUUAGGUGUAUUAACAAUUAACUCUAGAACAAAAUGUGAAGUCUGGCAUAAUGGGAGAUAACUGCCAUGGAAGUGUUCCUUUUUGCUACUUUUAUCCAUUUUAAGUAAUUUAUUGUUAGUCCUUGUGAAAAUAUUUUUUUGUAUUCUUGUGAAUGAUGAAUUAUUUUACUUAGUGUUCUUUGUAUUGCUACAUCAGAAUGGAAAAAAGAAUAUUGGAUCUGAUGGCAAUAGUUUUUAAAUGAGAGGUGAAAUAAAGAGACUAUGAAGAUGACAAAAUUACCUCCAUUUGUUUCAUCUAUGCAUUUUGUGGGGGAGAAAUAGUUACAUCCACCCUUUAAUAUUUGGACAUCGCUUGUGCUAUUUAGACUCUUUAAUUUUAUAAUGAUUUCCUUCUAAGUUUAUUCUCUUUAUUUAGUUCUUAAGAACAAGUUCAUACUAGAAAAGUUAUAUGAAAUUUAUUGAAUCAGCAGAAUUGUAAAGAUUUGUAUUUUGUUGACAUAUUUAUCAUUGUAUUUGCAUAGAGGAUUGGGCAUAAAAGGAAGCAAAAAAAGAAGAAAAAGACAUAUUUCCAAAAAUAAAAAUAUUCUUGGCAUGCAAUAAAAUGUGCAAUAACAAUAUGACCAGUUUAUCCUUUUGCUCAUUUGUGAAAUAUUUAAAUUAUAUAAAAACUUGUAAGCUAAAAGGAUACUGUGAUAGGACCAACAUUAUCUUCUGUACCUAUUGAUUUGGGAAAAUAAUAUGCUGUAACACAGUGUUGGUGGAAAUAUUUUUCAAUGAUUUUUUGCUUGGAAAUGGAUAGAAAUAUACACAAAUAUUGGCAUAAUCAUUUUGCAUUUGUACCAAUUUUUUGCAUCAUACUAUAUAUUAUUAAUUUAAAAAUAUAAGAGUGCUUUACAUUGUAUAUUAUUUUAGUAUUAUUCAGUCAGAAAGUCGCCAAAUUCAGUAGUUUAUCUAUAAAAUAUAAUCAGCCUUGUAAGAUGCAGAUAUAAACUAGACGAAAAUGUUGAUGUAUUAGAGAAAAAUGUCAAAUGUGAUGUGAUUUGACAUGUUCAUCAGAUUUAUUCAAAUAGAUUGAAAUUUGCUGAUGUUUUGAAAUGUGUUGUAAAAUAUAAUAUCUUAAGCUAAAGUAAGGAAAUGAUUGUAAUCUAUAGUAUAUAUACCACCAUAUUUUCUUAGUAAUCAAAUGUUUGAGUAUUAAAAUGAUAAAAAAUUAAAAAAUUAUUGUAAUAACAAAAUUAAAUAAAAAAGCAAUAUCAGGGAUCCGAACAUUAAAAAAAAUUUCAGGAGCUUGUUUUUAUCUGUGUACACAUUGAGUCAAGUUUAAAAACUAUUACAGUAACUGAGAUUUAAAAACUACUUAAUUUGUAGAUUUUCUUGACUGCAUAGAAAAUUGUAUAGUUUUGAGUUGAUUAAAGAUGUGUUCAAGGGACUGCAUGUACAAGUUUCUGCAGGACAAAGCUUACAAAAUGGUGCUUGUUUAUAUAACAUUGCAUGUCUUUUAGUAAGAGUUUUUUUUGGAAAAUAUAAAUUACUUAACAAAUAAUAGCUUUAUCUGGUAUUUUGGAGUAGAAACUGUUUUUGGUGCUGUUUUUAUGUUGUUAUUUUAAAGCAAAGAAGCUACUACAGAAAUUUCUUUAAAAUGCUGUUAAUUUUUUUAAUGCAUUUAGUUCCAAUAAAUAACAAUUUAGUUGUCAUUGAUAGAAUAUGACGAGGAUUAUUUGAAAUUAAAAGAGCAUUUGACACGUCAUAUGUAUAAUAUAUUAACAGGAUUCACUAUUACAUUAAGGCUCAAUAUUACAAAUGAAACACAUUUAUAUAAUUUCAUUGCUAAAUAUUUUAUAGUUGUGUAAAUGACAUGUGAAUGCUAUAUUAUAUAUCAUUUCUAACAUUUCAUUGGUAAAGCCUAUAAAAUGAAAUAAAUUGUAAUUUCAUCA